AUGAAUUCAAGUCAUAACAAACACUCUAUUCCAAUAGAUAUAUUAGAUGACCUUUGUAGUCGUUUCAUAAUAAAUCUACCAGCAGAAGAUAGAGGAAACCUAGUGAGGAUAUGCUUCCAGAUCGAAUUGGCUCAUUGGUUUUAUUUGGAUUAUUACUGCACUGACGAAUCGAAGAAAGUAUACCCCUGUGGUAUUAGAGAGUUUGCAGCACAUAUUUUCCAACAUGUCCCGCAACUCCGAGAACAUGUUAGCAGUCUAGAUGCAGUUUUAGAUAACUGGAGAGAAUAUAAACAGACUGUACCUACAUACGGAGCUAUACUGCUCGAUGAUGACCUCUCUCAUGUGCUUCUUGUACAAUCAUAUUGGACAAAAGCCUCCUGGGGUUUCCCUAAAGGGAAGGUCAAUGAAGAUGAGGAGCCCUGGAAGUGUGCUACUAGAGAGGUUCUAGAAGAGACAGGUUUUGAUAUAAGCAAUUUAAUCAAUAAAAACGAUUACAUAGAAGCCGUAACACACGACCAAAUCGCUCGUUUGUACAUUAUUGGAAAUAUUCCCAGAGACACAAAGUUCCAACCUCGCACACGAAACGAGAUCAAAGCGUGCGAAUGGUUCCCAUUGGCGGAUUUACCGGCCAAUAAAAAAGACAUGACGCCCAAAGUCAAAAUGGGGGUUAGCCCUAAUGCGUUCUUCAUGGUCCUACCUUUCGUCAAACGAAUGAGACGAUGGGUUGCCGAACGCAGCUCCAAGGUAUUCACGAACAGUCGUCGAACUCGUCACAAAUCGAUGGGAGAUUUAGAAGCUUCAACGAGCCAGAAUAAAAACAAGACCAUAUCGCAGGGACUGCAAAACGAGAUAAAUGAAUACCAACAAAAUUCUGGUCACAAAAAUGAUUAUCAGAAUCAUGGAAGCAAUACAAAAAAUGUUAAUGGUAAUAAAAAUGGUGGCAAUGGUAACAAAAAUGGUGCUAAUGGCAAUAAUAGUGCAAGGAAGGAAAAGAAGGCUGCUAAAAGACAGUUGUUCACGCCACAGAACAUCCAGUCGAAUAAUAUUUCACCGGUACAAAAGGAAGACAGUGUUGCCGAGGCUAAAAUAGAUGAAAGCAAAUUAAGCAAUUUCAUUGCUCCAUCUUGGGCAGACUUCAAGUUUGACAAAAGGGCAAUUCUUGAUUGUCUCACUUGA